AAAACAUGAAGGCAAAGAACAAGAAACCGGAAGCGAAAGGAUCUGAUAUGGUUGUGGCGUAACGUUGAAUAACAGAAGAUUUAACACAUACAUUGUGUCAAGUUGUGAUUUACUCGCUUUUUUUCCCGCGUGAUUGUCUUCAUGGCCAAUAUAUUCAGGCAACGAAUUGGUAUUGCAUGAAGCAAGACAAGUGUAGCGUCACACCGCAUACUGACGAAUAUUAAUUUUUCUGGAGGUACCAACAUUGUCUCCCACAGGAUGUCAGACAUCGCUAACCAGAAGAUCCUAAGAGGCAACCACAAAUGCUCGACUGCUGAGGGGAAACAACAAACGAUAACUUCUGAAGAAACAUCAGACCUGUUUUGAAUGCCAAAAUUUGAUGGAACGUAAAUUAAAGGAAGUGGAGUGUUGGAUGAUUUAUGAAAGCUGUAGCAGGAGUUGCCAAUAAGAAUGGCUUUUCUUGACAAUCCCACCAUCAUACUGGCCCACAUCCGACAGUCCCAUGUGACUAGUGAUGACUCAGGAAUGUGUGAGAUGGUGCUGAUUGACCAAGAUGUUGACUUAGAAAAGUGUUAUGUAGGUGCCAUUUCUGCUGGUAAUGGAUUGAAAGGUUUGUUGGGAGAUUCCAUUGUUAGUGGAGAUGUGCAGCCUUGUGACCUCUCUCAGUCCAUGGACAUCACUUCCAGUUGGGACUUUGGCAUCCGUCGGCGCUCCAACACAGCACAACGGCUGGAAAGGCUAAGAAAGGAACGACAGAACCAGAUCAAGUGUAAAAACAUUCCAUGGAAGGAGAGGACAUCGUCUCAGUCAGCAGAAGACUUGAGCUUCCUUUUUGAAAAGAAGGACUUUAAAGACAGGCCUCGAAGCACAGGGACCAAAUCCACCCUCUCUCUGCGCCUAGAGCAGUGUCCUCAACAGCUCAACAACCCCUUUAAUGAGUACUCCAAAUUUGAUGGCAAGGGCCAUGUGGGUACAACCGCAACUAAAAAAAUAGACGUCUACCUCUCAAUGCAGUCUACCCAGGAGAAGUUGCAUCCUAUGAUGGUGGUGACAAUGGCCAAUGCGAGAGUCCAUGAUCUUAUUGGCCUUAUUUGCUGGCAAUACACUAGUGAGGGCCGUGAACCAAAACUAAAUGAAAAUGUCAAUGCAUACUGCCUCCACAUAGCUGAAGAUGAUGGGGAGGUGGAUACAGAUUUCCCGCCUCUAGAUUCCAAUGAGCCCAUCCACAAGUUUGGUUUUAGCACACUUGCUCUGGUGGAGAAGUACUCAUCUCCAGGACUAGGCCCCAAGCAGUCACUUUUUGUCAGAAUAAAUGCAGCUCAUGGUUUCUCGCUGAUUCCUGUGGACAGUUUAAAGGUAACCAUGAAAGAGAUUCUACAGAAAGCCCUCAAGAAAAGAAAAGGCUCACAAAAGGGUUCAGGCCCCAUGUAUCGUUUAGAAAAACAGAUGGAGCCAAAUGUGGCAGUGGAGCUGGACAGUACACUGGAGAGCCAGAGCACAUUGGAGUUCUGUCUAGUUCGAGAGAACAGCUCCAGAGGAGAAGAGAGCUCAGAAGAGGACCCACCUAUAGACAUCAAUACAGUUCAAGAUAUGUUGAGCAGUCACCACUACAAAUCCUUUAAGAUAAGCAUGAUCCACAAGCUCCGCUUUACUACUGAUGUUCAGCUAGGUAUAUCAGGCGAGAAGGUGGAGAUUGACCCUGUCACCAAUCAGAAAACAAGCACAAAGUUCUGGAUACGACAGAAGCCAAUUUCUAUUGACUCAGACCUGCUUUGUGCAUGUGACCUGGUAGAGGAGAAGAGUCCAAGCCAUGCAAUAUUUAAGCUUACAUAUCUUAGCAACCAUGACUACAAGGUCCUUUUCUUUGAAUGUGAUGCUGCUACAGUCAAUGAGAUCGUUCUAAAGGUGAACUACAUCCUUGAGUCUCGAGCCAGCACUUCAAGAGCUGACUAUUUUGCACAAAAGCAACGAAAACUCAGCCGACGAACCAGCUUUAGCUUUCAGAAAGACAAGAAAUCAAGCCAGUAGGACAAAAUAAAUAAUAAUAAUCUUUUUAAAAAGAACCUUUUAAUAAAACAGAAACAGGCUGAAUGCAAAUGUAUGUGAAAAUCAAGGUUCUACAGUUAAAGUUAACCACAUUAAAAAUCCAAGAAUUUAAAAUUUAACUCUAUGGGGACAUAUACCUACAAAUAACAAGGCAUUUGUUCUUUGUGACUUUUAACAUUGAAACCGAAACAGGCUUAUUUUAAAUAAUGCAUUGGUCUGUUGAAAGUUCAAAUUUGAUUUACAUUUUGUAUUUCUUUUUUUCUGUGAGCUCUCUUUUAUUUCAUCCCUCUAAGCUACCAAGGGUGAUGAAACUCGUGCUAGCUUGUGGAUUGUAUGCACACAUGCAGAGAGCUUCCUACACGGUAACAGAUUAACAUGUCAGUAUAUACUUCUGUCAUACAGUUAUCAUUCCUUUUUCUUCUCACCUCUUAUGCUUUGGACCAUGUGUACAUAAUAAGUACAGGAUAUGGCUUGGAUAUUUAGAUAGGAGAGAUAAGAGUGCAGGUCCCAUACACACAAGAGCUUCUAGUACAAAUAUCUUGUUCAAUAUCCAGUUAAAAGUUGUUUCUUUAAUAAGUGUCUGAAAACUGGGUGCCAACUGUGGGGUGAUCUUGUAAUUAAUUGCUUGUUUUCCACCUAGUUUUAUGAAACAAUCAAUUGACUGACUGAUGCAUCAUUUCCUGAAAGUGUUAAUACAUUUUUUCCUUGCUGUGCUGUGUGAACUCCCUGUAGUACUAUUUAUAUCGGUUGACAGCAGUCCAAUCCACCUCCUGUUUAUUUGAAUUUUAUCAGUAGAGGCUUCCUCACUAUAGUCUAUAGAUGGCCUUAGAUAUAGAUAUAUCUAUAGAUGGACUGCCAAACUUAGUUACAUGGGUCUUCUCCUCAUAGCCAUUAUAUUUGUUAUUUUCCUCAUAAGAUUGUAAGCAUUUAGGUAACUCACUUUUAGGUUUGCUUAAAAAGGAUGCUUGAUUUUGUGAAUUAAAGACAAACCAAAUACUGCACCAGACAUCACUGACUGACUGACUGUCAUUUUGUCAUGUGACUACACAUCUUCUUUAUUUUGCAUAAUAUUUAACAAACCUGAGAUAUGUAAUGUAUAAUCUGAAUAUUACUUUCUUUGCUUAGCACUUUGCUUACUUUAAAAUAUGGCAACAUACUUGCACAUUGCAGCAUAACUUUUGUUGGGUUUUUUGAAAUCUCAUUUUUCUUUCUGAGUGCCAUUUUGAGUAUACUACUCAAGGCUUUCCCCAUUCAAUUGUUGCCUGUGCAGCUAUAAUUCUAAUAACUGACAGAAGGCCCUCCCUUAUCCUUGGAGGAAGUGCAGCAUAAUUGCAUUUCUAAUGUAAAAUAUUUAACAAGAUAUAUGGCAUUAACAAUAUUUGCAAGAUUAUGUAGUUACUAUAAUUACAUUUUCCCAAUAAAGACUGGUAUGAAAACCGA